ACGAAGCUCAUUGGAUCAGGCUGUAGCUCGGGCACGCGCAUCCUGUUACCAGGCAGAUCCUCGCAAACAUGGCGGCGACUGGGAACGAAGCGGAGACGCUGUUAGCCGAUAUCAAGGAGGAAGAGGAGGAAGCCGAGGAGAUGGAGAGGGAGAUGGAGUCGGGAGAGGAAGAAGCGAUGGGUGUCGAGAAUUCCGAAGACGAAGAUGACGACGACACUUCGGAGGACGAGCGAGAAAAUGAAGCAGAAAUCCAGCGCUUGGAGGAGCAGCUGUCGAUCAAUGCGUUUGAUUAUAAUUGCCACGUGGACCUGAUCAAGCUGCUGAGGCAGGAAGGGAAGCUGUACAGACUGCGCAAGGCCAGGCAGAAGAUGAGCGAACUCUUCCCUCUUACUGAAGAGAUCUGGCUGGACUGGCUGAAGGACGAGAUUGGGCUGAUGGAAGGCGACGAGGCCGAGCGUGAGAAGAUCUACGAACUCUUUGAGAAAGCUGCAAAAGACUACAUCUGUCCUGAUAUCUGGUUGGAGUACGCGCAGUACUCUAUCGGUGGCAUGGGGGCCGCAGGAGGCAUCGAUCGGGUGCGUGGCAUUUUCGAGAGGGCCCUGACCGCCGUGGGUUUACACAUGACCAAAGGAGCCGCGCUAUGGGAGGCCUUCCGGGAGUUUGAGAUCGCCAUUCUUUCGACCCUACAGCCUCCUCCUGGCAGUAUCUCAAAUCCUGAGCAACAGGAGCAGCUGAAUGUGCAGCUCGAAAGAAUCCACACGCUCUUCAGACGCCAGCUUGCCAUCCCUCUAAUGGAUAUGGAGAGUACGUACACUGAGUACUCUGAUUGGACAGACGAGGGUGUGCCGGAGACGGUCACGCAGCACUACAAGCGAGCUUUGCAGCAGCUGGAGAGUCGCAGGCCUUAUGAGGAAGCCCUGCUGGUGUCCGAGCCUCCAAAGCUGGCGGAGUAUCAGAGCUACAUUGAGUUUGAGAUAAAGGAUGGAGACCCUGCUCGAGUUCAGAUCAUAUUCGAAAGGGCGCUGGGGGAAAACUGCUUAGUUCCAGAUCUUUGGGCCAAAUACACUACCUAUCUGGAUCGGCAGUUGAAGAUCAAAGAGCUGGUGUUGUCCUGUCAUGAGAGGGCGGUCCGGAACUGCCCCUGGACCAUGGGCUUGUGGAAGAGCUACCUGUUGGCUCUGGAAAGACACUGUGCAGAACAUCACAUAAUCUCUGAUGUGUUUGAAAAGGCCUUGAAUGCUGGCUUCAUACAGGCCACCGAUUAUGUGGAGAUCUGGCAGUCGUACCUGGAUUACCUGAGGAGACGUGUCGAUUUUAGCAAAGAGGGAAGCAGAGAGCUGGAGGAGCUGCGGGCAGCUUUCACACGCGCUCUCGACUACCUGAAACAAGACGUGGAGGAACGUUUUACUGAGAGUGGGGAUCUGUCUUGUACAAUAAUGCAAAUCUGGGCCAGGAUAGAGGCUCUGCACUGUAAGAACAUGCAGAAAGCACGAGAACUGUGGGAUAGCAUCAUGACGAAAGGGAAUGCCAAAUUCGCCAACAUGUGGCUCGAGUACUACAACCUGGAGAGGUCAUACGGAGAUGCUGCACAUUGUAGGAAAGCUCUUCACCGAGCCGUGCAGUGCACAUCAGAUUACCCAGAGCAUGUGUGUGAGGUUCUCCUCACGUUUGAGAGGGUUGAGGGUUCGUUGGAGGACUGGGAUGCUGCUGUCCAGAAGACGGAGUCUAGACUGAAUCGAGUUAACGAGCAGAGAGCCAAGGCAGCAGAGAAAGAGGCGCUGCAUGUCCGGCAGGAAGAAGAGCGAGUCGAACAGCGCCGCAAAGCCAAGGCGGAAAAGAAAGCACAGAAAAAGACCCAGAAAACAAACAGAACAGGAGACAAGAGGAAGGCAGAUGAUGUGGGCGAGGACGAAUGGGGAGAGGAGACUGAGCGCAAGAGGCACAAAGGUGACGAGGACGCCUCAGAGGAGCAGAUGGAGACAGAAAGUGGGUUGUUCGGGCGGCGUGCUCCUCCUCCUCCUCCUCCGCACCACAAACCAGAGACUUCAGCUGCCCGGAAAAACCAGCAGGUGGUGACUGAAGUAAAAAAUACAACGGCCAGAAUGCCAGACGAACAAAACGACCUGAGCUGUGUGUUCGUCAGUAAUCUAGCUUUCACUCUGGGUGACCCCGAGGGCAAAAUGAAGGCUGCGUUUGGGAGCUGCGGCACCGUCGUGCAGGUGCGACCGGUGUAUACCCCCAAAGGCGCCUUUAGAGGAUACUGCUAUGUGCAGUUUGAGGACGAGCUAGCUGCCCGGGAGGCGCUCAAGCUGGACCGACAGGAGGUGGACGGACGGCCCAUGUUUGUGUCUCCCUGCGUAGACAAGAGUAAAAACCCUGACUUUAAGGUUUUUAAGUACAACACAUCAUUGGAGAAGCACAAGAUCUUCAUCUCUGGGCUGCCAUUCACCUGCACUACCGAGCAGCUGGAGGAGUUGUGUAAGGAUCACGGCACUGUCAAAGCCGUCCGCCUCGUCACCAACCGAUCCGGAAAACCCAAGGGCCUGGCCUAUGUGGAGUUUGAGAACGAGUUGCAGGCAUCUCAGGCUGUGUUACAGAUGGACAGGACGAAGCUGGGGAACCACACGCUCUCUGUGGCCAUAAGUAAUCCACCAGCCAGGAAGACAGAAUUCACACCAGCUCUGGGAGGCAUGAUGCCUCGUCAGAUUCAGGGCACUCGUGGAAAAGGACGCACACAGGUGUCUUUACUCCCUCGCUCUCUGCACCGUCAAAACACACCGCAGACGAAAACCGAGAACGGCACUGCCACUAAACAGCAGGAAGAUGGCCUGAGCGAUGGAGUGCAAGCCGAAAACGCUGUAACGAAGCCCCUGUCCAACGAGGAUUUUGCGAAGAUGCUCCUGAAGAAGUGAAGAAAAAAAAAAGAAUACAACCUGUUACCCUGCCUUGUGUCAGAAGCCAUUCUGUGUCCUUAAUGUGAAAGAGAGGAAGAAAAGCAGUGCUUUACAUUAUUUUUCCUGUAAAUACAUGAACCCAUCCACAUUCUAUUAAAAUACAUUUUAACAGUAUGUCCUUGAAAGGAGUGAUUCGUUUGUUUCUUUGGCCGUGGUUGGGUUUGGAAGAAUUGAAAAUGUGCUAUUUCCUUUUUGUACACGAGGUCAGAUAAUUGAUGUGACCCUUGUUGUUUUAAAAUUAGGCAUAUGCAAGACCGUAAUGUUUACUAUGAAAGUAUUAUAAAUUAGAGUGUGUAUGUAUAUGCCAUUAAUUUGCUUUUCUUUUUUUUCUAUACGCUGCUUUGGUCAGGAAAGAAAAAACAAAAACAAAAAAAACAAAACAAAACAAGAAAAAGCUUUUAAGAAAUGUGAUCAGCAUUUGUUGAGUGUAAUUUAUUUGCAGCGCUAGAACCCUGGGAUGCUUAUUGUGUCGAGAGCGAAGAAUCUAGAACACAAUUCCUGGACAAGAUUCCUUUUCUGGAUUCGAAGUUUUUUUUUUAUUAUUAUUAUUUUUUAUUAUUAUUAACAUGUUUUUAAAUAGAUAUGUAACAGUAGUUUUUUUUUUUUCGUUUUCUUCCUUUUUGUUUUCUCUCUGAAAUUCGUAACCAAUAAUGUUGUGUUCUGUUAAGCUCCUGGUGUUUUUACUCGCUAAACUUUUUUAUUUGCACAAACAUUUGAGUUUGUGUCGUAUAUUUUUUUAAAUAUAGUUCCGGAUGGCUGACACAGUAGUUCUGCCUUACCUUUGUUGGAACAGUGUUGAGAAACGUGACUAAUGUUUUAAGCGAGGCAAGAAUUCCUGUUCCACAGCCAGACUGCACAGAACUAGAACCUGAUUCAGAUGAUGUCUGUGUAAUUUCUGGAAUUUGCCUCUGUAGAAUUUAAAAUUGAGCUCUGGAGUCUGAGCUCAUCGGGGUGAGGUCUGGAGUUUUUUCCAGUCUGGCUGUGACAUUGCCUUAGAUCGUUCCGUGACUGUGUGGAACUGAACGUUUUAAAUGAUUAAGAAUCUAUGCAGCUGUUCAUCGCUAGAACCUUCCAUAUUAGGUUGCCUAAAUAAAACCCGUUCCCUCCGCCAUACUGUAUAUACACACUACAGCAUUUAGUAGACGUCAUUUUGUCAAGAUGAAAAUGGAAGGGUCGAACCUUUAAUGGAAAUAUUUAUUAUGUGUGAUGUGUAUAUUAUUUUUAGGAUUUCCCCACCGGUCCCUUUUUACGGAGUGUUUGUUGAGCGUUCGCCUCCCUCGCCGGUAGGCCGUAACCGUUUUGUACAGCGUUUGUAUAUUUUGAUCCGAAGGAAUAGUAGCUCUGAAUAUUUGCUUCUGAUCACCACAGUGGCCUAAAUAGUAACGAGAAAAGAACCGUGCUGUCGCAAUGUCUUGUUCAACUUGUCUGUAUCCUGAUUUCUUUAAAAGUAUUGCUCUUGUUAACACCCCUCCCAUGUCCUUUAUUAUAUAUCUUUUGUCCAAGUUUGUUUACCUGAUACGUUUUCUGUAUCGUUAAAAACAUUUGUAUCACUGUUUCUUUUUUCUUUCUUUCUCCAUAAGUCUUUUCCUUUAUUGUUUCCUAAAUUGUUUAUCAAGAACAAUUAAAAAGUAUGUGGUCAUUAAAA